AUGGGUGGCAGCCGCAGUCGACCGAGUCGCCCGGUGGAGCUGGAGGAGUCGCCGACCUCGAGAUCCUUCACGCGGCAGGUGCCCUUCAAUGACGAGGAGCCGGCGUCGCCCUCCUCGCCGCCCUGGACACCUUUGGGGCCUGUGAGUCCUGGCACUGGGAGCUUGAGCUUGGGUGGACGGCAAUUCUUCGGCAGGUCCUCGGGACCCUCCUCGCCGGAGCCCAGCCCAUUGAGUCCCAAGAGCCAAAGCUCCAAGUCCAGUCGACCCUUUCUGGCCAGGAGCUGGUCGGCCUUGAGCUUGGGUGGGAAGAAGGACGAGCCACAAGAACUCACCGAGUUUUUGAGACAGGUGCCGCUUCUGAAGUGUUUGCCGCGGGCCAAAGUCAGCUUCCUUACUGAAGUGGCCGGCGUCCAGAAGUUCCCGCCCGGCAGCGACGUGGUACGCCAGGGCGAAGAAGGUGCGACCCGUCACCUGAGCUGCGUCCCUUGCUGA